GCCAGACCAGCAAGGCCCCUCCCAGACCAGCCAGACCAGCCAGACCAGCCUGCCCAGCCAGCCCUCGGGAUACAUGCUUUUCCAUCCUCCAUUAUGUGGGCCCACCUAGCAGAGGAGAGGAUGAGGCACCAGUCUUGCCCCCCAGGCCCCUCCCCAGGUUGCUAGGCUUCCAACUUCCCAUGCCCUCCCAACCUCCCUCCCCACGGGCUUCAGCAGCGUGACGGCGUGACUGCGUGACUGCGUGACCGGAUCAAAUCGGUACUUUUUGUGAUGUGCCACGGCAGCCCACGAUAAUACAACACGGAUCUGCAGGGCUGCGACUACCACUCGCCGCGCUCUGAAGUCCACCGGCCCCCGGGACCUUGCAGUUCACCACCACAAAACAACCGACACCGCGUUGGACCACGCCCACCGUAUACGACACCGUCCCGACCUGCCAGCCCUGCCAUGCCACUCAGUCCGGUCCACCUGCCAUGUUACAUGGCUCUGCCAGGCCACUCCACCUGCUUGACUCAGGUGCCACUAUCGUGUUUCCAAAAUUGGAACAUGGCCAUGGUCACCAACCCGCCCUAACCAACCCGUCCUUUCAGCCCUUCCUGCCUGUAAGGUACCAAGAUCGGGCGACACAAAAUGCUGUGGCCGCACCCCCGGCCGGGCUGUUUGUUCCAUCACGAAGUCAGAUCUGGAGCGUUGUUGCUGAGCCCGCAGGUGGCAGGGCCCGUCCGAACCACGCGGGGACAAGGGCUCCCUCGCUCGCUCCCUCGCCUGCCUGAUGACAAGCAUCCGCUGCGCAUGCUGCUGCUCGGUAGAUUUUCCGCAGGUUACAUGAUGCACGACAAGGUCCCCAGCUUCGCUAAGAUUCCCUCACAUAUGUAUAACCGUGGGAAUCUGGGCGGAUCGUGCGGCAAUCGUCCUGGGCUGAUGUUAACGGCUUUGCUUUUUGUGCUUUCGCAAGCCACCACCACACUUAGCCACCGGCCCUUUUCCUGCAAGCCCACAGACCGUAGUCACCAGACCGCCAAGGUUGCGCAGUAUCAACUCCCCGUCACCCCCCAGGCCAGAGUGUCUCGAGGGCUGAGCAGCGGGCGCCCACGAGAAAAGCUGCAGUCAUAGGGAGGCGGCUUCCCCGGGCGGCCGGCGAGCUAUACUCGCAUAAUCCUUCAGCUGGGCUAGUCCUCGACCUACCAGCCCGCUUGACAAAUAGGGUUGUAAUCCGCGUCACCUUAUCACGAGGUGGCUCCCCUGACCACAGCCUUGAGGGUCAUCUUCCCAGCAGGCACCAAGGACGAGCCAAACACCCAUCGGGGGCGAGCCCUCCCACGUCUUGGCCUGCCCGUUCUCGGCUCGGGCUCGCUCCCUGGAUGGUGUCCAAGUGACAGUACACACACCGUAUGGCUGGCCAACAGCGAUGGGGGCUACGGCAAGGGGCAGUUGAAGGAGGUGCGAGGAAUGUGCAUGAGGUGUGGGGGGCAUGUACUAUAGUUGGUCGGCCUCGUCCUCGGAUGAGAUGGACCGCCCAGAGGCGCUCCCGGUUCGGCCCAAGAAGGUGGUGGCAAGCAAUAAGUAGCCCCCCGGGUCUCGCCAUCAUCCUGUCUCGCUCCCACGAAACCCCCCCAUAGCGCCAUCGCAGGCAAGUUACCGUUUGGAAAUAUGACUUCUCUAAAAGCCUUCACCCGGCAAUGGCGCCAGACCAAGGACUAUCCCGUAGUGUUCUCAUGUCCCGGGAAUGCGCCUCCUCGCCGACUCUUCACCGGCACGCCAUCGCCCAGGGCAGAAAGAUGCCUCUCCAGUAUCGCCGAUGAGAGCUUCUACCCGUUGCCCGUAAAAAGGAUAAGGGAGACUGAGUAUCCACAUAUGAAGAAGGGGAUCUACCUCGAUCAUAGUGGCACCACCAUCUACGCUAGAACACUCAUAGAAUCCUUUGCCAACCACAUGCUCUCCAACCUGUAUGGCAACCCUCACAGCGCCAACGCUCCCGCCGAGCUCUCCGGGCACGUGGUCGACAGUGUGAGACAAAAGGUAUUAAGCUUCUUCGGGGCCGACCCGAGACACUUCGACCUCGUCUUCACGGCCAACGCCACCGCGGGCAUCAAGCUCGUGGCCGACUGCUUCCGGGACCUGGCGGAGCGGACGCGCGACGGGAGCUUCUGGUACGGCUACCACAAGGACUCGCACACCAGCCUCGUCGGCGUGCGUGAGCUGGCCUACGGCAACUCCCACUGCUUCGAGAGCGAUGGCGAGGUCGAGGACUGGCUUCGCCGCCCCGGCUCGGUGGCCCCCGGCGGCGCCAGAAACAACCGCCUCCGCCACCUGUCUCGGCGCGGCGGCCUCGGCCUUUUGGCGUACCCGGGACAGUCCAACAUGACCGGGCGGAGGCUGCCGCUCUCAUGGCCUGGGGCUGUCAGGUCAUCCCCGGACCUGACCAAUACCUACAGCCUCCUCGACGGUGCUGCCCUUGCCAUGACGAGCCCGCUGGACAGUGUCUUCCGAGAUGUCGAUGCCGCGCCCGACUUCACCUGUGUUUCCCUGUACAAGAUCUUCGGCUUCCCUGACCUUGGUGCUCUCAUAGUGAGGAAGGACUCGGGUCACAUUCUGACACUGCGGAAAUACUUUGGCGGUGGCACCGUCACUAUGGUAUCUGUGCUGGGCGGGUCAUGGCACAAGACCAAGGGCCUCGACUCUCCGGCCGCUGAGUCCCACGAUGGUACCGUCACCAAUAAAAACCCUUCCUACGAGAUACACGACAGCCUCGAGGACGGCACACUUCCCUUCCACAGCAUACUGGCCUUGGGACAGGCCAUCGACGUCCACUCCCAGAUAUACGGUUCCAUGGAGAACAUCUCCCGCUACACGACGUCCCUAUCCAAGACAUUAUACAACGAACUGAGGCGCCUCCGCCACUCGAACGGCCGCCCGGCUUGCCACAUAUACACGGAUGACGACGGGAACGGCUACGGCGACCCAAGGAGGCAGGGUGCUACCAUAGCGUUUAACAUGAUGGACGCAGACGGCGUAUAUGUCCCGUAUUCCGAAGUGGAGAAGAUAGCUAACGACAAUGGUGUAUAUGUAAGAUCAGGUGGAAUUUGCUGUCCGGGAGGGCUCUACACCGCGCUCGACUACGAGCCCUGGGAGCUCCAGCGGGCCUUCUCGGCCCAUCACGUCUGCGGGCCGGAAGGCAUCAGCUUGAUCCACCAGCUUCCCACAGGAGUUGUAAGAGCCAGCCUGGGUGCCAUGAGCACACGCGAAGACAUAAGCAGAUUCGUGUCCUUUCUGCAGGAGACAUUCGUACGUCAGGAGUCGCACAUGACUGUGGUACCACAACACCAUAGGGCCCCAAGAAGAGCUCAGGAAUAUAACGAUGAUAUGGACUAUGAUAUAGGCAGUCCUGCUUUAGCGACGGCUGGGACGGCUUAAAAUUGAUCAUUUGUAUUUUUCUUUGUGCCCCUACUUUUCUUUUUGUUAUGCUUUCACGCAUGGUGAGGCGUACUCCUAUUACAGACCAGAUCUGAACACCAAAACAGCGGCGCAAGGUUUCCAGAAGAAGAGUAGUCUUGAGAAAGUAUCGCCAAGUUCCCCCCACAAGCCGGGCUGGCCACGGCUGCCUCUGCUCGAGGGGAGAGGGGGAAGAGGGAACUCGGCAAUAUUUUCCUUGAACUGUGGCCUCGAGGCCGAAAGAGCCCGUCGGAAUUCAUCAACAGAAAUGAAAUACUCCGUUGGCCCCCCAGUUGUGGGCCAAAUGAUCGCAGUUUACUGUUAUCGGGCAUGGAUCGUCGUCAGUCUGAGGUGUCACAUCAGGCACACACCCACACACCCACCCAUACACACACAGUGGCCACACACACACAGAACGCUUCGGGUGAUCCACACAUCCACGUCAGCUUCCGUGGAUUUCUGAGAUGAGAUAACGCAGCGGGAAGGAAUAAGAAGGUUCUUAUGUAGUUUGGACGAAAUAGUGCCAAUUGCAACAAGCUGAUCAAUAGUGGUGGUGGUGGUUGUGGGUGGUGGGGGCCGUGGGUACCUGUGAGGGCUUCCCCAACCGGGCGAAGCUGAUGGUACCCGUCUGGUAUUCAUCCAAUAUGGCUGAAUUGGAGCGUGUCAG